AUUACCCACUGGCCAAGUCUCCGUUCUCCACGAGGCAGAAGCAGGGCAGGGCCAAGCGUGCCCGCACCAUCUUCACCCACGAGCAGCUGGCCCGGCUGGAGAAGGAGUUUGCCCGCCAGCAGUACAUGGUGGGCUCCGAGAGGUUCAUCCUGGCAUCCACACUCCAGCUCAACGAAUCGCAGGUGAAAGUGUGGUUCCAGAACCGCAGGAUCAAGUGGAGGAAGCAGAGCCUGGAGCAGCAGCAAGCGAACCUUGCCCGGCUUGGCAUGGCCGACACGCAGCCCCGACCCGACUCUCCCAGCGCCCGGCAUGGACCCGGGAGCCCCAGGGAACGCCGCACCGACCCUCACCCCCUCACCCCGCCGGCUGAGAGCAGCCACUGAAGCGGGGGCGGGAGGGGACGGCAAACAUCGUGUCCAAAGACUCAACAGGUCGGGCAGCAUCUGUGUGGAGGAGGGAGUUUCGUUUACAUUAGACUCUAGAGAUCCAGCGUGGAAGCAGGCCCUUCAGAGUCCGCACCAACACUCAGGACAAUUUACAACUUUGACAGUAGGUGCAGGAGUCGGCCAUUCGGCCCUUCCAGCCAGCACCGCCAUUCAAUGUGAUCAUGGCUGAUCAUCCCCAAUCAGUUCCUGCCUUCUCCCCAUAUUCCCUGACUCCGCUAUUUUUAAGAGCCCUAUCCAGCUCUCUCUUGAAAGCAUCCAGAGAACCGGCCUCCACCACCCUCUGAGGCAGAGAAUUCCACAGACUCUUGAGUUAUAGCU